AUGAUGCUGCCGCUGACCAGGCUGUGGCCGCUACUCCGGUGGGGGACGGCGGCGGCAGGGGCAGCAGCCGGGGGAAGUCCCACCACUACCACCACCGAGGAGGAGGAGGAGGAGGACGACGACGAGGACGAGGACGAGGACGACGAGGACGGAGGGGAGAGGCCUGCUCUGCCUGCCGAAGCCCCGGGCUCUCCUGCUCCCUCCGCCGCCGAGGCUCGGGGUUUCUUCCGCGGGGGCGGGGAGGCUCCGCCGGUGUCCGAGUCGGAGGAGGAGGAAGCGGAGGCCAGAGUUUCCUCGCCGAGAGAGGCCGUGGUGGGAAGCCGCUGCUGCCUAAUGGAGUCCAGGCGCUCGCGUCACAGGAAAUGCCUAUACUGCCCUCCUCACUCACUUCCGGUGGCAGGUUUCCCUCUUGCCUCCUCCACCAACUCCCAGCCACAUGGAUGUUUAUCAAGAGUUAUCUUGAUCCUGCAUCAUCCUACAAAACACAGAAUUUGCAUUCAGAAACUUCAGACCUCGAUAAUUGCCUUUGAUGAGUUAAGGACGGACUUUAAGAGCCCCAUAGACCAGUGCAAUCCUGUGCACGCGAGGGAACGACUGAGGAACAUCGAGCGCAUCUGCUUCCUGCUGCGAAAGCUGGUGCUGCCGGAAUACUCCAUCCACAGCCUCUUCUGCAUCAUGUUCCUGUGUGCGCAGGAGUGGCUCACCCUGGGGCUCAACGUCCCUCUGCUCUUCUACCACUUCUGGAGGUAUUUCCAUUGUCCAGCCGACAGCUCCGAGCUUGCCUACGACCCGCCGGUGGUCAUGAACGCGGACACCCUGAGCUACUGUCAGAAGGAGGCCUGGUGUAAGCUGGCCUUCUACCUCCUCUCCUUCUUCUACUACCUUUACUGCAUGAUCUACACGUUAGUGAGCUCCUAAUUCAAGACCACAGACCUGGCUCAUCGGAGACAGGCAUGGGUGAGGCUGGAGAGUCCACUUCUGCGAGAGAUGAUGGAGCAGGGACCACAGUGGGUGCGUGUGGGCAAGAGGCCGGGCAGACCGGGCCAGAGGUGGCACUGGAAUCACGCAGCAGCCGGGAACGGAGCUCUCUGGUGUGCCCGGUGUCAGCCCAUGUGUCCCAGUCUUUGGCGUUCAAAUCCCACACGCGGGUCACGGAGCGGGGGGAAGGGGGAGUGACAGAACAUCACACCUCCCCUCUGCUUCCUGAACCCACUUCCUGCAAACCCCCUUGUGAGUCCACACCGAGUUCCUGGACUGUGGGAGUGAGGGCUAUAGGAGGCUGGUUGGUGCUUGCUAAGGAACGGAACAUCCCAGGGUCAAGGCCAAAUCUGCAGGACCCACUGAAGGCCUCAAGGAUGCUGGAGCCUCUGGUUGUGUUCCUUCCAAACCCGAGUUUUGCCUUCAGCUGAGAAGUCCGCUCCCGCACCCUGUGAUGUAGGGGCACCGCCGCAUGGCGACUUCAUGAGUUGUGCUGACUUUGUGAGCUGGGUUGGGGCUGCACCCUGGUGAUGAGCUACAUCCAAAGUCAUGGGUGUCAGCCGGCGAAGGAGGUGUGUGGCAAAAAGGGAAUUUUUAAACAUUUGCAACCCGUUCAAGGUGUUCCUUCUUCCCCACUGCAAGUUGUCUUCUUCUGUUGCCACCCAGAACACAGCACAGUCCUGGAACCGAAUCAGUGGGUCGACAACAGUAAGAGCUCCGUGAUUCUGAAGAUCGCAAAGCAGUUCCAAUGCCAGCAGAUCCUGCCGAGUGGCUGCUGUGUCCUGUGGGCACUGGGCAGCCGGGCAGUGAGAUAACAUAAUGACAGCCGAGGUUCUGUGGUGCCUCGUCCACGCCGUGGGGUUCCAUGCGAGGCUGUGAUCUGAUCCCGAUUUGCCACGUGGCUUUCUCUCCGCCACGCUCUGGGGGGAGGCGUGGAAAAGGUGUAAGUCAUGUCAAGGCUGAGAUUGGGCGCAAUGAUUUCGACCUCACUCCCCUGCCUCCCCAGCUCCCCUGUGUUUGGCGCACACGAGCUAUUUAUACCAGCGCCCGGCUCCCAUCAGAAGCCCGUGACCCAGGGCUCUGAGUGGUUUGUGUCACACGCCCUGUGCUCCGUGGAAAACGCAGUGACAACCCUAGUGCUCAGCUAACCGACUCUCUCUCUCAUUUCCACCCCAUCCCGGGCUGCCUUCACCUCCCACGGGUUGGCAAAGCAGGAGGGAGAAAAAGCAGAUUUUUUUCCAAAAAGGCAUUGUGCGUCCAAGAAUUCUGCAGCCAACAAAACGCUGCCUUUGGCUCCGUGGCUGACUGUAAAGCAGGGUUCACGGUGAUGUUUUGGGAGGAGACUUCCGUUUGGCCAAGCCUCCUGCUGCCAGCUGGCGACCUGUGGGUGAGAGGAGAGUCAGUGCCUGGGCGGCGUGGCCCUGCCCUAGGCUGCAGCCCUGAGCAGCCGAGUUAGCACUCAGGCCCAGGAGCAGCCCUGGCUUCCAGGCUGCAGCCGCUGUACCCUCACAGCCGCCCUGCAGAUGUCCUGGAGGGAGUGGGCAGUGGUUUUUAUCUCUGCCUCCCUCCAGAAGGGUUUGAAGUGACUUCUGAUAGGAGACGCAAGGUCACAGAGAUUGUUGAAGCAGGAAAUUCGAACUUCAAAGGGAUGAGCGCGCAGAGACACCAGCUUCCUAGAGCUCUCGGUUUGGGGUUGAGCAUUAAAUCUGAAGUCAUUUCUC